GGUCUGUUGAAAAUAGCUAAAACGGGGUCACUUUGUUGUGUGGCCGCAAGGCCACAUGGGUCAAAUGCUGCCAGUAGGGACUGGUCCGUGGGUCCACAUGAGCCGUACUGGCGAACCAAUUCAAGCUUCUCGCCACCCCCAUCGAGAUGGGAUUUUCAAUUUCAAUCUGAUGACUGGCAGGAUGGUAGUCAGCUGCAUGGGUCUUUUACUUCAUCAAACAGUAAAGAAAGCAGCAGAUGGAUGAAAAGCAACCAUCUUUAUGGUCACCAUUAUUCAUCUGAUGAUACUGGGCUGUUUUUGAGUAGUCCAUCUGACCUUUCACAGUUUCCUCAAUGGACAAGCCCGGCAAUCCAGGAAAUCAGCAUUGAUGAGGAUGAAACUACAAGAAGGAAAGAUAUGGUUUUGCAUCAGUCACGCUCUACUCCUAAGGCGGAGGGAAACUCUAGAAAUCUGGAUAGUGCAGGCUCCACUUCUUUUCGUUCAGACAGUAGUGAAUCCGAGUCUGCUGUAAGGACGAGCUUACCAUCUUAUCAAAGCUUCUCAAGUCACCGGUGCUGCUUCUUGUCCAAACCUAUUCACCCUUUCUCCUUCCCCAACCGAACUCCUAGAGGAGCUUCAGACGCCACAUCUGUGUCAGAGUUUGAUACUACUCCACAUAGAGAUUCCCAUCCCUGUAGCAGUGCUAGAAGCAGUGCUGAGUUUGCGGAUGUUUCCGAGGCAUUUGAAUGUGAAGUUCCAGGCCGAACCUUUACCCCAUCAGAUGGUUUUAGAUGUGGACUAUGUGAAAGGUUUCUUUCGCAAAGAUCUCCCUGGGGAUCUCGUCGGAUUGUGAGAAGUGGAGAUAUGCCAGUUGCUGGGAUUCUAUCGUGCCGUCAUGUUUUUCAUUCAGAAUGUUUAGAGCAGAUAACACCAAAAACUCACAGGAAUGAUCCUCUUUGCCCGCUCUGUGUCAGAUUGGAGGGGAAUUCCCUUGACGAGUGCUUAAUUUCUAGGUUGAGGAAUAGUUUCCCAAAGCUAAGGCCAUUUGGUGAUGCUGGUCCAUCAAAACCUUGGGGAUGUACGCAGAUGGGAGACUGCAUGGAAGGAGCCUUGCGUGCUCCUCCAAGCAAUACUACAUUGUUACUUAACCACAACCAUUUGAGGAAGAGCCUGUCAUUGAAAAUUAAUUCAAGCAAAGAAUUCCCUGGUAAGUUGAAGAACAAUGGUCCAUACUCUCCGCAGAUGGUCGAUGGAAAGUGUGGUUGAUCAGCGACCACUUUGUUGCUCACAGGCAGCAAAGGGGCCUUGCGUUACAGGUUGAUGUUAAUUGUAGAUGGAAUUCUUUACAAGGUUUAGUAUUGCUUCAGCUUUACUGUUUGCUGAUUGAUUGAAUAUCUCAAAAGAGUUCAGUAGAUAAGGACAUGUCAUUUACUGAUGGUAAAUCUGUCUGGACGUUUAAUCCUACCUGCCUUCAGCAUUCAAUCUGGGUGGCUGGGGUGUUGAAUGUCUCAUACACUGAUGGAAGGUUUGGAGUUUGGACAGUUUCUUUCAA